AUGUCGACACCAUCAUCCAGCGCCCCGGAUGGCUCGGACGUCUUCUCUAAGGAGUCGCAGAGCGGCACAGUGAUCAUUGUCUCCGCAGUCUUGACCGGCCUCUCGACUGUUGUGGUCCUGCUGCGGCUCUACACUCGCCAAUUCAUCCUCAACACGGCUGGUGCAGACGACUGGACGAUGGGCCUCGCCCAGCUGUUGAGCAUAGCGGCGGGAACCUCGACUAUGCUAGAGGCACAUUACGGCCUUGGUCGCCACAUAGGAACGCUAAGCCAGGAAAAUAUCGUUAGAUCUUCAGAAUGCCUCUUCGGUACUAUCUUCAGCUACAACUUUGGCAUGAACGUCAUCAAGGUUUCCUUCCUUCUGCAAUACCGCCGUAUCUUUCCGAGCCACGGCCUCAAGCCUACCGGUCCUGAGGCCACUAGUCUUCAAGUCAUCCGGGCGCGGCAGCAAGAAGACGAUCACGGGCGACGCCGCGAAGAACCCCUCCAAGCAAAAUUCAAGGGGCGACGCGUUGGAGCUGACGACAACGUCGCGGAGGAAGACGACGAGGUCGGUGAUAUCGGGGCCUAA